GUCACAACACUCGAGCGAGAGAGCGUCUUCACCCACUCCUCAUGUCACCCGCUCUGCGCGCUUCAAACCAGCUCGAGGAAACUCCCCUCGCCUUUAAAUCAGAGCGACAGAGAGUGAGCGCUUUAUCAGCGGCAGGAACCCUCACGUUUCCUCACCCCUCUUUGAUGUGAAGCACCGACUUCACCUGUGUUUGUUUCAGAGCGUGAAGAUAGUGUCAAGAUAACGUUUGAGGGUUUUAUUGUGCGUAACGGGCAGAUGCAUCCUCUUCCCUUUUCGCUCGAGAGUCCACUCCAGAGAUAAAAGGAAAAAAGGGCUCAAUGUGGAGAAGGAGAAGAAAUGACGGAGAGGAAAAGAGAAACAGAAGUUGUGCGGGAAUGAAAGGCCUUGCAGAGCUCCAGCUGCAAAUCUCGCUUUUAUUUUGAAAUGACGAUGAAAAGGACGGUUUGAGGGUGAAGGCAGCCAAAUCCUCCGCGCUCAUCAAAGGAUCAAACCUGAAUUUUCCUGAGAAAGCUGCACAUAGAGAUCCAAGGAAAAAACCUGCCACAGCAAAAAAAAAAAGAAAAAGGCUGGAAAGUCUCGUUUGAAAUCGCCACGGUGGAAGAAGCAUGGACUGAAGGCCUGGCUGCAUCAUCCAAGUGUGUGUGCAUGUGUGUGUGUGUAUGUGUGUGUGUGUGUGUGUGUGUUUUAGAUGCGUCUAGCUGAAAGGAAAUCAUGUCAGCGAUACACACCUGGGCCUGUUUCCUCCUCUGGAUCAGCUUUGCAAAACCGGACAAAACGCCAGACGUCACCGUGACGUGCUUCGUCUCGGAGGAGUGCGUGCUCCCCUGCAGCUUCCAGCCCGGCAGCGAGGAGACCAUCGAGUGGUUCAGACAGGACGUGGUCGUCUACAAGUUCGAGCGGGAUGACGACGAAGACGACGACGGCGAAGGCGACGGCGACAGUAGCAGCAGCGAGGAGCACUCUGACCCGAAGCAGCUCGGUGGGCGCGCAUCCGUCUUCCCGCACCUGGUAUCCCGUGGCAACGCCACGCUGAUCCUCAGGGGGAGUGGCCUCAGGGACAGAGGCACGUACAGGUGUCACGUCCGCACGUCUAACGGAGAACACAACGCAAAAGUGAUCUUGAAGGUGGAAGCACCCAUUAGAGGCUUGUCUCUGGAGCUGUCGAGGCUGAGCGGCUACGAGGAGAUGAAGUGUACCGUCCGUAACGUCUUCCCAGCUCCUCGCGUCACCUGGACGACCGAGCCGGCCACCUUCGAGGACCUGCGACCGGUCACGCGCAUGCUGGCCGACAAACACGGACUGUACACGGUCGACAGCCGCCUCAAGUUACUGAACGGACAGUCUAACCUCAUCUACAUCUGUAGAGUGACAACCCCCUACGGCAACCCGACCUGGACCGCCUCGCUCAGGGAACGAGAAAUAAGAGGAACUCAAGGGAUAGAUCUGACCAUCCCCUGCUCCUCCCCUUCUUACCUCACCAACCCCUCCCUGGAUUGGAGCUUCUCCAACGGCGAGGACCCCUCCCACAUCAUCACCUACAACAGUCAGUCGGGGGACAGCAUUUCCUCGGCGCCGUGGGACAAGCACGUGGAGCUGGACGGCUUCAGGGUCCCGUUUGGAGACGGCUCUCUGCGACUCAUGGACCCCAAGCACUCGGAGCACACGGGCAGCUACACCUGCGUCUUCUCCAUGCCGCACAACACGCACACCGAGCGCACCGACCUCACCAUCGACGGCCCUGUCGGUGAGCGAAUCACAUCAGAGGGGCCGUCUCAUUGGUGGAUCGUGGGCCUGGUGAUCGCAGGGCUGGUUCUCGCUCUGGCGGGAAUGCUGGGCUACCUGAAGAUGAAAGGAAGCAUAGGGAGGAAGCCGAGGAACGACCCCGAGGAGGUGACGGAGCUGCACCUGGUGAAAGACUCGACGGGAGACGGAAACCUGAACGAGAGCAGCGCUCUGGGUGUCGGCGGCACGAACGGACAGUCCGGCCUCCACGCCGGCUCUCAGACGACCUGAGGACAGCCGGGCCACACACCUGAACUAACACAAAACUAACACAAACACACACGCACAGCUACACACUGAAGAGGAACUAAGAACACAACGUUUCUUUUCUUCUUUUUGUUUUUACUGAAUUAUACGAAAGACUUUCAAAUGACUACUCCGCCAUGUUUGGUGUCACUCGUCUUGGGCUCUUUGGAUUCUUACAGGAAACCCUGAUGAACUGCUGUUUUUCAUGCCGACGUGUAGAACGGACGCUCGAUGUUUUCAUGAAGGGUUUGUGAACCCCAGACAAUGUCGCUUUGAGACGCUUGAAGCGCUUUUCCUGCUGAGUCUAAACUUUCCAGUGAACCUGAGGAACUUCAGCUGCGUUUCUACCAGGGGAAGGAAGGUCUAAGUCCCAGGAAGUCCCGCCUCACGGGGGCUGUACUUCCUGAGCUGCGGGGGGGUGGGGGGGGUGGGGGGGUCAGUAGCUGGGAGGCUGUUCGGUCAAAAUAGCUCCUGGAGGUUCUCUCUACUUUCCCCUGGCGGCUUUUUGUUCACUACUGUCUAAUCGUGUCAGUCGCUAUGGGAACAAUUAAAUCACAAAAUUAACUCCGACAGAUGUGGGGAAAAAAGAAAAUAAAAAUGGGGGAACAGCUUCCCCCAUUUUUAGACUCAACUCAGCCCCAGUGAGCGGAUUCCACUGAAAUGAAUUUAAUUUAUUGUGACAUUUUAGUUCCUGGUGUGACUUCAGUCACACGGGGAUAUUUACUAUAUCUAUCACAGGUUCUGUAAGGGACUAAUGUUUCCUGAUUUAGUUUCUGGAACAACAUUUUUCAAAAUGAAGGGAAGAAUAAAUUAGAAGAACGUUCUGUGCGACUGAAACAAAGUUUUUGAACUUUAUGAUGAAUUUUUAUGAUGUUUGAAGGUGAAGUCUUUUCUCUUGUCUACCCCUGGGACACUUUGGGUUUCAGGCUUCUGCUGUUGGACUGACUACUGACUGUCUGCUACCCACAAUGCCCUGCUGGAUUUCCACCUUCAGUCACUGAGGUUAAAAUAACUGCAAAACAGGUCAAACUCCCUCUGGGAAUAAAAGUGACUGAAAAAAAACCCCCACAGACUUUUAUUUUGCUGUAGGAAGUAAAACUUUAACCUGCUGUUAAACAUUGAUGAGAAAUCAAUAAUCAACAGCAGAAUAGUUGAUCUUUGAUCGCUGCCACACCGCUCAUGAAAUAUACCCAACCUCUGUCACAAAUGUGUCAUAAUUAAUGUAAUGCCAUUAAAAAGACUAAUCACUGAA